GUUUGUUAGUCAAAGUUCUGAAUCGAUGAGGUGAAGAUGCAGCUGCUUACAGGAAUCGUUUUGGUGAUCGCCGCUCUUAUGCUUGUCGGCACUCAGACUGAGGCAGCCGUCUCUCGGGGCAUCUUUAAAGACCCUGCUCAUCCAGGAAAAUGUGUCGUCGAUGGACUUGUUCUGAACGACGGGCAGUCGGCUCGUCACCCCAAUCUGUGUGCCCGUGUGGUGUGCGGAAAGAAUAGCGAGGGACAGAUACAGACAUGUGGAGUUGUUGGCCUGCAGCCCAAACAAAAGUUUGGCAAGUACACAGCACCGAAUGCUGACUAUCCCGCAUGCUGUAAUCGUGAAAUUCUUGAUGCCUAAUUAAGCGAUCUUCGAAAAAUGAAAUAAAUAUUAUACGCGACCAAGAAAAUA